AUGCUAAUUUGGCUAAACUCUGACUCAAAGAAGAACUUGAGUGCCAAUGUAGACAACUAUGUAUCUGCUGAGAUUCCAGAUCCAUUGAAAGAUCCUGAAGGUUUCAAUGCUGUCAGCAAAUUUAUGAUCCAUGGACCAUGUGGACUGCAGAACCCGAAAUGUGCUUGCAUGAAAAAUUUCAAAUGUACAAAGCAUUUCCCAAAGAAGUAUAAUGCAAGCACCAUAUUUGACCAGUCUGGUUUCCCAAUCUACAAACGUCGGAACACUGGAAUCAAUGUCAAGAAAGGCCAGUUUUUUCUUGACAACAGAUGGGUCGUUCCAUACAACCGAGAUCUGUUAGUCAAGUAUCAGUGUCACAUGAAUGUAGAAAUCUGUUGUCAUGCUAGGAGCUUAAAAUAUUUAUUCAAAUAUUGUUUAAAAGGACAUGAUCGUGCGACGGUUGAAAUUUCUUCUGAGAAUGGGAAUGUAACAAUUGGUGCUGAUCAACCAGUUGAUGAGAUUAAUGCUUAUUUUGAUGGUCGGUAUAUUUGUGCAUGUGAGGCAGCUUAUCGCAUUUUUGGAUAUCCAAUACACUACCGGUCCAUAUCAGUGCAUCGUCUCUCAUUCCACCUGCCUGGUGAACGUACAUGUACUUUUACAGAAAAUGAUACUUUAGAGAAAGUUGCUAGGAGGAAUAGGUACAAACGUUCACCGCUGGAAGCUUUCUUUUUACUAAACCAAAUAGAUCCAUCUGCAAGAAAGUAUACAUAUGAUCAAAUUCCAGAGCAUUACGUAUGGAAUGAAGUAGAUAUGAUAUGGACAAUGAGGAAAAAAGGAAGUCAGAUUGGGAGAUUGCUCUAUACACAUCAUAGUGCUGGUGAGAUUUGGUACCUUCGUCUUUUGCUAACAAAGGUGUGUGGUCCCACCUCCUUCAAUCAUUUGAAGACUGUCAAUGGGAGAUGCUACAAUACCUUCAAAGAAGCAUGUUUAAAUCUUGGUUUAUUGGAUGAUGACAAAGAGUGGCACGAGGUAAUGGAAGAGUGUGCUAAAUCUGGGCUUCCUCCUCAAAUCAGACAGCUCUUUGUCCAUAUUAUUGUUAAUUGUCAAGUGACUGACCUCCUAAAUCUAUGGCAACGACAAUGGAAGUCCAUGGCCGAUGACAUCCUGCUUCAACGUAGGAAUUUAUACGGGGAGGAACCUACAAAUAUUUCGGAGAAGCAGCUGCAAUUCUAUGUUCUCGCAGGUAUUGUACACUACUACUGUCAUGCUAAUGCGCAAUCUCAAUCAAACUCUUGGCCUAUGUAA